UUGACACUUUGCUUUACCAAGGACGAGUUCUCACUGGCAAGUCUGGGUAAUUUGUUCCUGGUGGAUGAUGAUCAUGUAUGUCUUAUUCUCCCACCUAGUGCUGAAUAUCAUGAUGCCCUGCCCCCAUUGGUAGAUUAUAUGGAUACUUCUUCCAAAUUGCUGGUUGGCCCCGGUCAAAGGAAUUAAUAUAUUAUUAAUUAUUAUCACCCAGGUCAUUCUGCAUAUUAACCGUGCCAGAUCCCCCAGUUCCGCUCGACGGCUCUGAUCAACUGCAUUGCAUCGCUCUCUGACUUGGUCCUGCAUCUUUUGUUCCCGCCUCGGGGGCGCUCUUGUUCAAGAUGGGGAACGUGUCGCCUACCCCACAUCAGCUAUUAGUGGAGGCUUGUGUCUUCUGGAGUAUUGGUGUGAUUUUGUAUGUUGGGAGGAUGGUAUCACGAGUCAUUGGCAAUGGAUCAUUCAAACGGCUAUUCUUUGACGAUUAUGUGAUGACUGUCACUUUUUUGUUUUAUACGGGUCUAAUGGUCCUCAUCCAAGUUUCCGCCCAAUAUGCCACCAACCUCAUGGACCCAGCAGACUACGAGUCCGUCCUCUCGGACCCCCAAGAAGUCAAGGAUAGAAUCUUCGGCAGUAAGAUCGUCAUCGGACUGGAACAGUGCAUGCUGCUCUCGACCUGGGGAGUCAAAACAUGCAUGCUCGCUCAGUUUUGGAGGCUAACAAAGAACCUCAAACUUCACCUUUUCGUUAAGAUUAUUGUUGGCUAUGUGGCGCUUGGAUUUGUUGUUAUUCAGGUUACCUACUUUGCCGUCUACUGUCGACCGUUCUCUCAGUACUGGGCUAUGCCGGUGUCCAACAUGCAAUGUGCUACCUACCAGCACUACUCCAUCACACAGGCGGUCUUCAACAUCUCCUCGGAUGCCGCAAUGCUAGCUGUCCCAGUCCCGCUACUCAUCAAGGCGCAGAUGAAAAGGAGAAAGAAGGUCCUGCUAGUCUGCAUCAUGAGUCUGGGUAUUUUCACCGUCAUCGCCGCAAUCCUCAACAAAUACUUCAACUUCGCCUCCCCCUUGACAACCAUCUACCAAAUCUGGUACAUCCGCGAGGCCAGCACGGCCAUGUACGUGGCGAACCUUAUGUGUCUCUGGCCACUUCUCCGCAAGGUCUUCGGCCUCAAGGCAUUCCAAUACAACAGCAAACAACGACGUCGGUAUGGCGAACAAGGAAAAUCAGGCGCGGCGACUACCACAUACGGGUCUCGAUCACGAGCGUCAUCUCUCCACGCUCUGCAUUUCAGUGGACCCGGAUCGCGAAAGGUCAUUAAUAAGUUUAGAUUCAGCCAAAAGAGCGGUGUACCGCAACGGACGAGUGAAGAGGCGAUUAACAAGGCCUCGGCUGAUUUUACCGAUGGUCAAUACGGGGAUGCUGUACAGCUUGGAGUCUUGAGUAAGAGCGGACACCAGUCCCGGGGGAAGGCUGAUACGAUUUCUGAUUCAGUCGUCGAUCUCGAGGGACAAACGUUGAAAGAUGACGGUCUUUAUAUGGAUCACGCGAGAGGAUCGCAGUCGAGUGCGGGGCUUUACGAUGAUCGACAUGCUACGUCUUCACGAAAGAUUAGUCCUUGAAUGUGUUUUCUUUGUUCGAUGGCCAUACCAUAUACACCGGCGUAUGGAAGAGGGAUAUGGUUGUUUUUGUUUAUGUUGGAUUUGUUACAUACCCUGUUUUGUAUACCCUGUGUUGCUGUGCUAUACCCUGGAGGCGUUGGAAUUGGAUUUGUACUGGAUACAAACUUGUAUAGAUGGUC